CCUACCGAGUAGGACGUUCAAGCAUGGAGUUAUGGCUAUCCAGUGCCUUUAAAAGCCUCAUCGAAAAGGAGGACUUUGUGGACUGCCGUGUAAUCGUGGAGUCGCAGGCCUUCCCGUGCCACAAGGUGAUGUUGGCCGCCGCCUCGGACUUCUUCAAGCGCGGAUUCAAGGAAACUGCGACUGGGGAAGUACAUCUGGAGAACGUGUCGGCAGAUACUUUCAAGAAAUUUCGAACCUAUAUCUAUACCUACAACAAGGACACACUCGCUGGCUGCAACAACAAGUCGAUCGUAAAGCUGAUGGAGUGUGCCCACAUGUGGAUGAUUCCAUCGCUAAGGAAGGCCUGCGAGGAGAUCGCCGUGUCGAGAAUUAACCAGAUGGUCCUCUCCGACCUACUGAUCUACUUUGACAGUGCGUUUAAGUCCGGUAAUGAGUAUAUGAUCACGCACACCUCACAGGCCCUGAGAAAUUGGUGCAGCUCGCAGAUUAUAACCGACGAGGUUUAUCAACUGGAAUCGAAUACCUUCAGAGAAGUCGUAACCCGUAUAAAGGGCUCUAUAAGCGAAAGAGUUCUUUUCGAUCUGGUGGAGAAGUACGUUAUAAUGCAAAACCAUUUUAUCGCUAUCAAGGACAAAAGUAGCGAAAUAGAAGUGGUGGACCUUACGGAAACUUGUAGCUCCGAGUCCUUGCCAAAAAAGGAUAUCAAUGAGGAGUAUGUGAAGAGUCUUAUUAGUCUAAUAACCUUUACGGAUAUGACAUAUAGUGAAUUCAUUGAGGGCCCCGGAAAGUCCGAUCUGAUCCUUAUAAAUGAUAAAUAUCAAUUCAUAUGCAAAAUUGCUAAUCCUAAUUCAAGUUAGAAUUGGUAGUUAAGGCGAAUAUCUUUUACUUAGGCCACAAUAAUGAACUCGUAAUAAAAUUGCAAAUCGAUUGUCAUCCAAACCUCGACAUUUUUAAAUUGUGAAA